AUGCAAAAGGGCAGCAAGGGAGGCAAGAAGGGCGGUGGCAAGGCCGCCUGGGACGACGGCUACGUUUCCCACAGCGGACAGAGCGAAAGUCCAAGUCGACAGAACCAGACACAGAGUGCUUCUGUGCGGGGCCUGGAUGAGGAUGCCCUGCGCCUCUCGCAGCCCAACCUGGCAUUGCCGUGGGCGGUGCUGGGCCUCGCAUCCCCGCCGAAGAUGUACAGCGAGCAGGGCAGCCGCAAGGCGACGCUGAAAUGGCUGGUCCACUGGGUGUCCUGCAGGAGCGGGGUUAGCGACUGGGCUUCUGGCGAGCGAAAUGCGUGGCAACGAAGUCUGGGCGGGAACCGGAAUGAGAGGUACGAAAGGUUUCGUACCGGCAUCGCAUCCUUGGAGGUCUUUGCCUCACAAGGCGACCGCGUUCCACUGAGCUUCCUUCCGCAACGUCCCGGCUUUCUCCACGUUGCCAAGCCUUUCUGCAUCUGCCUGGCGCAUAGGCGGCCAGAGCCUGAAGGCUCCUUCGCAGCGCUCUGCCCGGAAGCUUUGGACGCCGUCAAGCGCAUGAAGGGAUCCACCGUCGAUGCAAGCUCAUCGACUGAGUACGCCGACAAGUGGAAAGGCCUCAUCGAGACGGAGGCCGUUGCAUCUGCGGUGGAUGAAGGUCUUGGUCGACAUCUCGCCGACACCUUGGUUGAAUGGGAGCAUUGCAGCGACGGCGAGCUGCUGGGGAAGUUUCAGGUCAAGGCGAGCCUCCUCUUCGCCCACAAGAUCAAGUUCCGCUCUGCCAUGCUUCACGGCGAGUGGGCAUCCAGCUGGAUCUGCUUGCGUUACCAAGGCCGAGGUGAGUGGUUCGGGCACGGCGCCGUCCUGCGCGCUUGCUUCCUUGAGGAUGACAAGGACUUGCUUUUCGCCGAAGAGGAAGAAGAGUGGAAGGACUCGACUCAGAAUCUUCAGCUCACGUUUCGAGUCAUCCCAGGGAGCAGCCCACAUGACCCAGAAGACGGGCUAUACACCCUGGAACUCAUCCCGAAGGCUUUGGCAGAUAGCUGCAUGGCCAGUGCUCUUCAUGAGCUGAAGGCGUGCCCGCUGGUGCAAUCACUCGUGCUUACCGGCCAGCCUGUUCCAGAAUCGAUAUCCGCGCCCAAAGUCGAUCUCUCCGUGUGGGGCCUGAAUGACUCGCAGCUGAGCGCGGUUACAUUUGCCCUACAGAAUCCCUUCGCGUUGGUCCAAGGCCCGCCAGGAACGGGCAAAACCAUGACCACAGCUGUCCUGGCAACCUGCUUCGCAAGACAGAACAUGGCUUCAGGGGCCAACCGGGCCGUGCUGCUAUGCACGCCAACGAAUCGUGCUGCUGACUGCGCGGCGGCCUUCGUUGCACGCAUAUGCCAGAAGCAGGCAGAGCUCCGGCUGCAUGAGCGCAGCGAGGUCGAGGGAAACGUCUGCGCCAUCUGCCUCUGCUCCAAGCCGGACAUGAUCACUCUUUGCAGCCAUGCCUUCCACAGACAAUGCCUGCUCCAGGCGCUGGACGUGGGAAGCUUCUGCCCGGUCUGCCGACAGCAGGUGAAGCACGUGGACACAGGACUGCGGAUCCUGCGCAUCUACGGGGCAGACAUCGAGAAACAGGAGUUUCCUGUCCCGAAGCGCGACUUGGCAAACAUCGUGCGAGCAUGCCAGUGUACCAGGACAUGGCGUGCCGAAGCUUCGGCCUUUGGAUGCCUGGUCAUCUCAGCCAUCCUCGUGAUCGCGGCAAUCCCCGUCCUUCAGAAAGUAGAGCUGGACUGCAUCGACAGAAACUGCUCUUCCGUGUGUUUCGAGUCGAACUACACAGGCGUGGUUGAAUGUCAGAACGAGUUCGACUGGGACACGUGCCGCAACUCGCCCAAGAUGUAUGUGUGCUUCGAGUUGUGGCAGGAGGGACUCCAAGUUAAGAAGCAGUGCGAAUCAAACCAAUGCUUCCUUGGGGACGUGGACACCGCACAGAUUACCUAUCGAGCGAGCCAGCUGGCACUGUUACUGUCUUUCUUGGCCGCUGCCAGCUGCUCAUGUUUUAAGAAAGGGGCAUGCAACUGUCGUGGCGCACAAGUCUACACCAGGCAGGCACUGUUGGCGGUGGGGAACUGCUGCCUGGUUCCAAGCAUGCUGCUGGUCCUCUUGUACUUCGUGCUGCCGAAAAGCUUCUUCUAUCCUCCCAGUUAUGCUUUUGUCGGGGUUCCCAUCGAGUUGUUCGUGACCGUGUUUUCGCUCGUGACCUUGGCGGCCUGCGCUUGCCUGGGCCUGGCGCGCAUGCAGAGCACACGCUGGCUGAGCGCCAAGCCAGAAGACGAGGCGUCAGAGGUGGAAGAGGUGCCAGUCUCAGUUCAAGCUUCGCAACCGGUCGUGGAAAUUUGA